AUGGCCAGGAGUCAAGAUGGGAUCACUGCCCCCUUUUCAGACCCAGUCUACCUGAAAGCAGCCGUCUUGGAUCCAGCCUUUUCUCUGCUGUGGGUGGAGCCUCAUGUGCUGGUCAAUCGUGACAUCAAGGCAGAGGUGGCACAACAAGUUAAAGAAUUGAUCCUGCAAGAUGCUGCAGAGACUGAACAACCUGUGCUUCUUGGUGAUGAAGAGGACCUUGGUGAAGGAGAAGGGCUGUUUGGUGCAUACCGUAAGAGGCAGAAGAAGGAUGUCGGGACCUCUCCAGCACUACAGCUAAGUCACUACCUAGACAUAGCCGAUGGAGAGAGCGCCCUUUUGUUCUGGGCACUAAACAUGAAGACUCUUCCUUCACUCUACCGAGUGGCCAUCAGAGUGUUAGCAAGUGGCCGUGCACUAACCUACUGUAGGAUGGACAGGAAUGUACCCAUCCUGCGCUUGUGGUUUGACGUGGAGUUGGAACUCAUCCGGGACUUCAGACUGAAUGGGGUGGUGGGUGCUUUAGGACCUGGUGGGGAAGAAGUAGACGGGCCUGCCCGUGUGGCUGGCAUCGGUGUUGGCGGGGCUGUGUCUGCAGUAGUGGAAGAUGGAUCCGGCUCCUCCAUGGGAGGUUCAACAAUGGCCUCUCCUUAG